AAUAACAAAGAAACCAGAGGAAGCAGAAGAAAACACGAACAUUAGCAAAAAUGAAGUAUCAGAUCUGGUUAGCCUUUGGAACUCUGGCCUUGUUAUUAGCAUCAGCUUUGGCCGACGACGUCGUCGUAUUAACCGAGGAGAACUUCGACAAGGAAGUUGGUCAAGAUAGAGGAGCUCUCGUCGAGUUCUAUGCUCCCUGGUGUGGACACUGUAAGAAGCUAGCUCCUGAGUACGAGAGGCUCGGGGCGAGUUUUAAGAAGGCUAAGCCUAUAUUGAUCGGAAAGGUGGAUUGUGAUGAGCAUAAGAGCCUAUGCAGCAAAUAUGGUGUUCAAGGCUACCCAACUAUUCAGUGGUUUCCUAAAGGCUCUUUGGAACCUAAAAAGUAUGAAGGACCACGCAAUGCUGAGGCAUUGGCUGAAUACCUGAAUUCCGAAGGAGGGACUAAUGUGAAGUUAGCCACUUUGCCAUCCAAUGUUGCAGUGCUUAAUGCUGAUAAUUUUGAUGAGAUUGUCCUUGAUGAAACCAAAGAUGUGUUGGUUGAAUUCUAUGCACCUUGGUGUGGCCAUUGCAAAAACCUUGCUCCUACCUAUGAAAAGGUAGCUACAGCGUUUAAAUCGGAAGAAGGCGUAGUGAUAGCUAAUCUGGAUGCUGACAAAUACAGGGAUCUAGCUGAAAAGUAUGGAAUUAGUGGGUUUCCAACAUUGAAAUUCUUCCCAAAGGGCAACAAAGCUGGUGAAGACUACGAGGGUGGCAGGGAUUUAGAUGACUUCGUUACUUUCAUCAAUGAGAAAUGUGGCACCGGUCGUGAUGCAAAAGGGCAGCUAACUUCAAAGGCUGGUAUUUUGUCAAGUUUGGAUGCAUUAGUGAAGGAGUUUGUGGCUGCUAGUGCCGAUGAGAAGAAAGCGGUCUUCUCUAAAAUUGAAGAGGAAGUUGAGAAGCUCACGGGUUCAACUACGAGGUAUGGAAAGAUAUACUUGAAAGCUGCUAAAAGCUGUUUAGAGAAAGGUGCUGAUUAUCCCAAGAAGGAAAUUGAGCGACUGCAGCGAAUUCUUUACAAGUCGAUAAGCCCAGCAAAAGCUGAUGAAUUCACUCUCAAGAAGAACAUCCUAUCAACAUUUGCAUCUUCUUAGAUCACUGUAUUUCACUUGGUCCAGUGCUGCAGCAGAAUGGUGAAGUUUCAUCGACUUCUUCGAGCACUGGUUUUGCUCCUAGUGCUGCCGGGAUCAACUUAGUGUUUAAAUUUUAAGCCUCUGAGGAUCUUUGAGCAGCAAACCGCCAGGCUGUGGUUUGACUUGAACACACCUGUGUCUAAUUAAAGAACUUUCUUAUGAUGGAAAUUUUCUCCUCUAAACUAUAAUUAGAACAUUGAUUUUCUUCGGCAUUACUUUGCACUGUUUCCCCUGUU